AUGCCUUCUUCACUCGGAGUGUCGGAGCAUUCUUCGAAUUGGGGGUGUGAAAAUGUCGGUGCUCGAGCAUAUAUGCUCGCGCCUCGUGCUCGUUUGAGCAGCGGCGAGGAGAGCGAGAAGGAGGGCAAGGAGGAGGAGAGCAAGAAGGAGGGCGAGGAGGAGGGCGAGGAGGAGGGCGAGGAGGAGGGCGAAGAGGAGGGCAAGGAAGAGGGCGAGGAGGAGGGCAAGGAAGAGGGUGAGGAGAAUGUAGAAGGGGGUGACGACGAUGUUCAGGAGGUGCAGCUGGUGCGAGUAGCGGGUGAUGGAGGUCUGAGGGCGUGA